AUGGACCCUUUUACCGGGCAAAUGGCGUCAUCGUCAAAACUAUCUGCAUCUUCGACGAAGGCGCCUACGAAACUGGAACUCAUGAUGCGAGAGCAUGGCGAUACGUCCGCACGAGAGUCUGCGCGAAAGCCCACGCGAGCUCUUUCGAUGGCAGAGCAGCAAGAAGAAGAUGAGAUUGCUUGGCUCGAACAUCAGCUAUAUGGACGCAAGCGAAAGCACCAUAUCGAAGGAGAUGAUGUGGAUGAUUUACUAGAUGAUCUUGAUCAGUUUCAUCCUGGCAUGUAUGAUGAAGACGAAGGUGACCAUACCGAUCUAGCUGGGCUUGACUCAGACGCCAAUGUCAAUGAAGAUAGCGAAGCAGAGAAUGAAGAAGAGAUCACAGGAGAUAAAGAAGAGCAAGAGGACGAUGAAAAAGUGGAAGAUGCUGAGGAGGAAGAGAUGGAGAGCGAAGACUUCCGUGCAGAUGACGAGCAAGUAAAAAGCCACAUGGACGAACGUCCGGAAAAUGUUCAGGCGACAUCUUCACAAGCCGGUACUACACCUAAGUAUGUACCGCCUGCACUUCGGCACCAAGUCAAUAAAAGCGAAUCACUAUCAGUCGAGCAGCAAAAGCUACGACGCCAUGUCAAUGGCCAACUGAACAGGCUAGCCGAGGGCAAUCUUGAUACCAUUGUCUCGGAGCUCGAAGGACUGUACCGUAUAUUUGCACGAAGUGAUGUAACAUCAACGAUCACGGAGCUUUGUCUCGAUACAAUAGCAGCGCGAACAAACCUGAGCGAGAGCAUUGUGGUAUUAUAUGCUGCACUCAUCACCUCUCUGCACCGCCUUGUUGGUGCAGAGUUUGGCGCGAAUGUACUGCAAUCUUGUGUAUCGCGCUUUCUUACUUCAUACAGUCAAAUGAUGGCAAGAUCCAACAGUACAGAGCAAGGUGAUGAAUCUAUGUCGGCUUGGAGCCGUGAGUGUGCAAACCUGAUCAUGCUUCUUUGCCACUUGUUCAACCUCAAAAUGCUUUCUGCGAUCAUCCUCUAUGACAUGGUGCGCUUGCUUCUCGGGCAGAGUUUUUUACACAUGGUUUCUGGCGUUGAUGAGCAGAAGCCCAUCACAGAGGUAGAUAUUGAGCUUCUCUUGCGGAUCGUACAAAGCAGCGGACAACAGCUCCGUCAUGCCGAUGGAGAGUCACUCAAAGCCAUUGUCGAACUCACGCAGCAAUGUAUGCGAGAUGCGCCUGCCUCCGCUGCCACUGUCGCACAGUCGAGUCGUGCGCGCUUCAUGCUCGAGUCACUAGCGCAUCUUCGACAGAAGGGUCGGCACCUGGGCCGUGAAUCGUCGGCUACAGCUGAAAGUUUGCAGCGCUUGUCAAAAUACGUAUCCUCUUUGGAACGCAAACGGACUGUACGCGCGCAUUCCGCGCUUCAGGUUGGAUUGCAGGACUUGCAAGAUGCUGAGAAACGUGGCCGUUGGUGGCUUGUUGGAGCUGCGUGGACUGGCAAAGAUAACUCUGAGCCAGCACCAGAUGCGGUAGCAGGGGUGCCUAUUUCAUCUACCGCGGCGGCAGCAGCAGCUCCCAAGUCUCAGGGCGCUGAUCUCGACGCAUCUGAUGAUGAGUCGACGAUAGAUCUUACGCGCCUCGCACGAACGCAAGGUAUGAAUACUGACGCUCGGCGAAUGGUGUUUUCGACCCUUAUGUCUAGUCUGGAUUAUAUGGAUGCAGCACACAACCUAAUGCAGCUCAAACUAAAUGACGUGCAACGUCGCGAAGUGAUUCGUGUUCUAGUGCACUGCCUUUCAAAUGUACGUAUGCGUGUAUCACGACCUAUUCAUUCAUUUUUUUUUUGUUCGGUUCAUGUACUCACACUUUAUGCGUAG